AUGUUCAAAAAGACUCCAAAUGUUAAAGCAUCGAGCAAUCUGAAAAAUUCAGAACGUAAGAAACUUCUACAGUCGUGUAAAGAACAACGUAAUAGUUCAGAUUAUAAUUUUCCAUCAUCAAUCAUCAAGCAGGCAAAUUACAAAGGUCAAACUUCUGCGGGUACUGUAUAUACUGAUGAACAGAAUGUUCCAAUUUGGUUCAAAGAAAAGCAUAGCGAUAUGUUAUUUCCAAGUGUAUACACAUGCUGGAAAAAUCCUAAGCUAUUACCAAUUAUUGUAACAAAUAGUUAUGUGAUUGAGGAGAAAAUUCUAAAUGGUGCUAACCUAAUGAUUUCAGGUACGUUGUUGCCAUUUGAUGAACGUUUAAUAUGUGGUGCAUUAUGUGGCAUUGCUAGCUACAAAAAACCAAAUGUUGUUAUGGCAAUUGGUAUAGUACAAUUAGAUUUGCAAUCGUACACUAAAGUUGUUGGUGAAACUGGGGUUGCAGUGAAUGUACUUCAUUAUUUGGGUGAUGGUCUUUCCGAUUCAUUUAAAAUGAAUUUGGAACCACCGGAGACAGGUGCUGAGGUUGAUGAAACAAAUGAAAUGCUUUUAAAUCAAGACAAGCAAGAUGUUAACAAUGAACUUACAAAUUCCAAUAAAGAUCUAGCACCUGAUGCGAGACCCAAUGAUGAUUUAGCAGAAGUUUUGGAGACGUUGCCGGUUGAUAUCAUAGACGACUUCAUUACAAAAUCCUUGUAUUAUUCUCUCACUAACGAUCCUAAGUUAGAAUUUCCAAUCUCAGCAUCCAAUUUUAUUUCAAACUAUAUUAUGUCUAACCUACCACCAGUUGACAAUGAUAUGGUGAAUUUAAAGAAAAGUUCAUGGAAGAAAACUGCAAAAUUUUUGAGACACUUUGAAAAGGAAGGUUUUAUUAAAUUAAAAGGAAAAAAUGAUGAUUUAGUUAUCACAGGAUUCAAUAAAGAGAAGACAGAAUUAAAAAGUUUUGUUCCAUAUAGGACAGGAAAUGGCAAUAGUACAAAAUCCAAGAAAGAUAAAACUAAUGAUACUUCUGAUAAUGGAGAUAUGAUGCAGUCAGUAUCCUAUUAUAAACCUAUUUCGUUAGGGAAAGAUUUGAUAAGAGAAUCAGUAGCGCCUGAAAAAUCGUUGUACACAGCACAUGAGCUAAGAGAUUUUAUUACUGAAUAUAUCAAUAAAAAGAAUUUAGUUGAUAGUAAAAAUAAAAAAAUGAUAUUAAUGGAUGAUUUAAUGUACAGUUUAGUGUACAAAAAAAAGAAUUCUGCUGAACCAAGAUUAAUUUCAAGAGCAGAUGUCAUAGAACCUAUUACAAAGAACAAUUUUAAUGAGCACUUCCAAAUAUAUAAGAAAGGAGAUAAUGAAACAGCCGUUCCAUUGUUUAAAAAACCUAUUAGAGGCUCCAUACCGAAGGUUGAAAUUGUUACUGAAAUGAAGAUUGGAAGAAAGGUUAUCACUAGAGUUUCCAAUUUUGAAGUUUUUCAUAUUGAUGCAGAAACUUUAGCUGCAGAUUUAAGAAAACUAUGCAAUGGUGCAACUACAAUUGGUGAAACUUUAACAUCACCCAAAACUGCAGAAGUUCAAGUUCAAGGCCCACAUAGUCAAGUGAUAAUUAAGCACCUCAAUAGUUUAUCAAUCCCAACUAAAUGGAUUGAUUUCAAAAAUAGUGUAAAACCAAAGAGGAAAAAAAAUAAGCCAGCAUUCAAUAAACCAUUAGAUCAAAUCUUGUUACAAUAA